CUGAAGAAUGUAAAACCAAUGCUGCAGCUAAAAACAAAGAUGAUGCUGCAAAAAUCAUUGUACUGGUCUCCUUCUUUCCCCUCCUGCCUCCUUCCCUUCCUAUUACACACCCUGGAUUUCCAGCAAGGUGGCUUUUACUUGCAGCUCUGUCACUUGACAGAGAUGGAUUCUCACACGUGCCAUGCACAGCCACCUUCCUUUCCCCUGACAUGUGCUCUUCACUCCCUGCAGCUCCGUGCCGCGUUACUACUGACAGCCGCGCUUAUUCCCUCUCCACUGCCCCUCGGCGCUCCCUCCCCAGCCCCACCAGGCUGCUGCAUCCCUGCAGACCCACUGCCUGUCUGUGCGGGAGGUGCAGCAGCACUGCUCCCCUGCUGCAGUCCUGCGGGUCUGUGCGCACCGCAGAUGUCAAGCUCCUGCCGCGACCCAGCGCUCCAUAGGAGGAGCAAAUGAGCUGAGACGUCAAGGCAAAAAAUUAUAGCCAUGCGAGCUCUCCCUGUGCUCAGCUGCUGCGAGAGUGCAUACAUGGCUUGUGUGACAGCAACAGCGCACAGAAGCUGCAAUGAAAUGCAGUUAGCAAUACAGCUGGGAGACAGACAGCGAGGCAGGCACUGGUCCAGCAACUGAAAUGAUCCUACCGUGAGCCAGCCCGCAGCGCCUUCAAAAGUGGCUGACUACUGCACAGGAGCUCGUCUUUCUUUGCAAUUACUCCAGUUCCCCCGGGUGACUGCAGUGUGUGUUUCGCUUCACUCUUGUUGCUUUUUUGUUUGGUUUUGUUGGCACGGGGUUUUUUUUUUCCCUCCUGCCUCCUUCUCUCCUCCCGUGUCCUUUUCUCCAGGAUGGCGGAAGCAGAGUUGCACAGGGAGAGGCUCCAAGCCAUAGCAGAGAAAAGGAAAAGGCAGACGGAAAUAGAAGGCAAGAGACAGCAGCUUGAGGACCAGAUACUUCAGCUGCAGCAUUUCAAGUCAAAAGCUCUUCGGGAAAAAUGGCUCCUGCAGGGAAUUCCUGCUGGCUCUGCAGAAGAAGAAGAAGCCAGAAGAAAGCAGUCAGAAGAGGAUGAGCUGAAAGUGAAAAAGCUGGAAGAAAAUAUACACAGGUAGAGACUGUUUCCCUUUGUUUUGCAUAAGAAUAGUCUCUCCCGUUAAGGCUAGAAAUAUCCCUAACUCAUGCCUCCAUCCCCAUCUCUGGUGGCAGUUAACAAUAUCUGCCUAGGGAGGCUGUAAGAGACAGGCAGACAGACAGCCCAAAAUGUGUUCUCCCAGACUUCCACAG